GAGGAGGUGCCCGGCUACGUGGAGAAGAGCAUUCCAUUCUUUGUUGCUUUUAUUGCGCUGGAGUUUGCUGUCAGCUGGAUUCAGAAGCGUAAGCUGUCAGGUCGGAUCAAUGAUGGCAUAUAUUCUCUUUCUUUAGGUAUCCUGUCUCAACUGCCAGAUGUUUUAUUCAGAAGAGUUCACUUAAUUAGUUAUAUCUGCGUAUGGAAUAACUACAGACUCUUUGAACUGCCCUGGGACUCACCAUGGACGUGGUAUUUGACACUCCUGGGAGUGGACUUUGCAUACUACUGGUUUCAUCGCAUAAGCCUUUAGGUUAAUAUACUGUGGGCAGUGCACCAAGUAUAUCAUAGUUCUGAAGACUGCAACUUAUUGAUGGUCUUGAGACAAUCUGUACUACAGAGGUGCACCUCCUGGAUUUUCAACUUGCCUAUGUCUCUUUUCAUUCCCCCAUCAGUGUUUGCUGUUCAUCUACAGUUUAACUACCAGUUUUGGAUACAUACAGAG